GCUGGGAAAUACGGAGCAGUGGCUAUAACCUUCUAAAAUGACGUUUGUUUACUCAAUCGUAGUAUCGAAAAUCCUGAGAUUUUUUCCAAAAAACGCAUGAAUAUCUGUAAAAUCUGAUCUUCGUCGAUUGAAUGAAUCGAUAAUGGAUUUAAAGUAUUUAGUUUUCUCGUAAAUUACAUUCUCUACUGGGUUUUUAAUACCUAGUAAGGUUAUGUUUGUUCGUCACGUAAGACAGUGUUUAUAAAAUCCUUUCUUUAAAUUAUUAUUUAUUGAAAUAUCCAAUCAAAAUGCGGACUGGGGGUAUGUUCGAUGUGCGUGAAUUUGGGAAACGGGUGCGGAGGUUCCUCGAUGGAAAUUAUUCGUGUCGUAAAAUCUUGGUCUUCGUGAUUGUCGUGGGUGGGUUUGUCCUUUAUUUUGGUCAACCUUUUGCACACUGGCUGUUCUCUGGGAGCCGAGAGCCGGUGGAAGCAUAUGAGGAUCAAUGCAUUCGUGAGAGGCUCUCGAAUUUUCAUAACGACGUAUCAAACGAUGAUGCAACAAUUUUGAACGAUUCAUCGAGCGACAAAGACCACAAUUACCUGCCAUACAUUGGCAAUGGUGUAUUCGGAGUUCAAGUGUCUCCAGUUGGGCGUUUGUACAUACGUCAGGGACGUACACUCUCCCUCUUUGCACAGUGGGAUCCUCUCGUAUCAGUACCUCUGCCCGAUGAUACUCCACAUCGUGAGGCAACUGUCAUGCACUUUACGGAUGGAACUGUUUAUAAGUAUCAGUGUUUGAGGAGUGGAUAUCACGUAGAUACUCAGUACUAUGCGCAUAGAACCUUUGACGGUAUUCUCGUGGAGGAUAUCACUAUUUUCAAUCCGUCUAGUGUUACUCAGGAGGUACCACUCAGGCUUAAUACGGCACCCCAUUGGACUGAUUAUGAAAUUAAAAGUGUGAACAUCCUAGUGGAUGGCCAGAACCAUGAAUACAUGAUGACAUCUGGUUACGUACCUCUGCCGGACUCAAGUCAGAUAAUAGUAAUUUCGAUAUUACACAAACAUCCACAGAAAAAUGUAGUAGUGAAACCCAGAAGUUCAAUGAACAUUGAGUUCUUCACCAGUAUUUCUUACAGUGAGCCACAAAUUGCUAGGAGAUACGUGGUUGAACGUGAAGUCACUCAGAGAAAAGCUAUUGAAGCAAUGAGAAAAGCGCUGAACACGCAAUCGGAAGUUUUGAAAGAUACCCACAUGAGCACAUGGAGGCACUACUGGCACACAGGAUUCAGCAUAAGUAAAUCAAAAGCCAAAGGUGCCUUGAAUGGCCAUAAAAUAAAUUCGACAAUCUACUACGUUCUAUCUCAAGUUCCGAAGGGGAUUUUGAACGUUGAAAAAUCAGUUUCCAAUAACGAAGGCUGUUAUCGUGGCCACCACACACUGGAUGCGACGAGAUUGUGGAGAGACACGUCACUGAUUGAUGGGGUGAAUUCAAUAGUCAAGGCGUGGUUGAUAACGCUGGAGAAGCAAGGAUGUCAUCAUUUGUUAGCUGGGGGACCCACAGCUGUACAGCAGGCCAUUGUGUUGAGUCUUGGAGGUCUUAGAUUCAGUAAUCAACAUGUAGAGUUCAACAUCGAUCCACAGUAUCUUCAUCGAGACUAUCUUUUCAGGAGAAUAAGCUAUGGGAAUGUCACACACGUAAACAUCUCAGUAACCGUAAACGAGGAUAAUCGUGCAGUACUCGGUGUUGCAUUGGAUCGAAGUGACAGUGACUAUUAUGCCUGUGACGCAGCAUGUUUGGAUUCGCCUGUACCUCUCAGCCAGACAUACACGAAUUUUCCAGUUAAAUUAACACAACCCCUAACAGCCAUAUUGUACAUAACAUCGGAUCAUCAACACAUGCAGGACUUACGAAAUGCACUACAUGUACAUGCUGUUGAUGAAGCACCAGCUCAUGACCACCAUGUGAUGGCACUGCACAAACAUGGCCAUCAGUUGGGUGGAUUGCCAACAUUUUUUUGGGUCAGCAUAUGCUUUCUCAUUGUUAUAUUUCACAUGUUUCUUUGCAAACUCAUAUUCACGGAGUAUUGCGAUCAUCAGGAUCGACAACGUGGACGAUACAUGAAACCAUGAAUAUAGCUUUGUCCAGGUCUUUACAUCUACCUAUUUUAUUUUAAAUGUUCUGAAUAUUUAGUUCGUCUUUUGUUAUGUGUACAUAGAUUUUGUUGGAGAAAUAUAGAUUUUUCACUGAAUUUUGAGAAAUGAGACUAUGUAAUGCGGCUAUUGUUUAUUAGAAAACAAAUUGUAUAUGUAUUUCGAGGCUAAUUGUUAUGUGCUCGCCAAAUUUAUAAAAUAAAUUCUCAAAA